GGCCCAUUUACUAAGACAGGACACGACAAAGAUCAAAACCUUUGUACCUCACAUAGGAAUUCAGAAAAUCAAAUAUAAACCAAACUUUACCAAACAUUUGAAAAUAACCACUCCUUCAUUUAUUUCUCCUAUAUACAUAAUCUUCACAUAUAAAAAGGACUUUUACCAUCACCAUUUUUUUCAAUCCUCUCUAAAAAUUUCUUGAGAUAAUUAAUAACAAUGCCGGAAAAUGCUAGUGAUAGUCCAAGAAUCUCAUUUUCUAACGAUUUUUCCCACCACGAUUCCAUACCCAUUGAGCAACGUCCAUUACAAUCUCCGUUUGAUAUCUCCAACUUUUAUUGGGGCUUUCCUUUGGAGUUUUCAAUUGCCCGCGAUGCAAUCUCCGGCGAGAGCUCGUGGUCCGCCGAAGAGUUCUUCAACGACGGCAAAAUCCUCCCUAUAGAAAUGAAAAAGAUCCCGGAGCCUAUAUAUCGUUGUAAAAGCGAGAAAUAUAAAACCGGUUUACCCAAACCGGAGAUAAGUCCAAUCGAUGUUGUUGAACCGGUUUUUGAAAUAGAAGAAAUUGGAGACCAAGAAGAUGAGGUAAAGUUGCCAUUACUUCCUUAUAACUCGACCGGUUCGAAUUCUAUGAAGAGUCAGGUUUCGUCUUCUUCUUGUUCUUCCUAUUCUUCUUCUUUAAACGGUAGUGUUCCGAAACCGAUAUUGAAGAAGAACCAUGGAGGUUACAACUACAAGGGAAAUGGAGGUGUGAUUAGGGUGAGCUCAUUUCUUGAUAUGGUUCCUUCGGGGGAUUUGUUUGGUUUAGGUUCGAUAAAUUUUGAUGGUGGAAGAAAGAAGAACAAGAUAAGAUCAAUGUUUUUUUAUUGGUAAGAAUGACUUUUUGUGGAGUUCAGUGAAUUAGUAGUGUUUUAUUCUCUUCUCUGUUUCCUUAACUUUUGUAUUUCAGAAUAAGUAUACGAUGAUGUAUCAUUUCUCUUAAUUAAUACAUGAAGAAUUGUUUAUAAAACUCUAAAUAAAUCUUUUUCUUUAUUAAUAAU